AUGCCGAAAAGAUGUCUUUCCAGGCCUUUACACGUUCCCCCGAGGCUGAGGGGUCCUGGUCGUGACGUCCGAUUCAUCUGGGGCACCCGCCGCCUCAUGCGACCAUUUAUCUAUGGGGGACUAGGGGUGGGGAGUCGUUUCCUCUCGCACGUGCCCUCCAGCGGCGGGGUGGAUCUUCACGGCGGCCCCGAUGAGCAGCCGACCUUUAGUGUGUUUAGUGGCCAACACAUCAAGGAAUUCCCCGUUCGCGCCGCGAUGGAUAUCGGCACCGGUGGGGUGAUUUCGCUCUGCGUUGCCCGCGUCGAUGCCGCUCGCGCGGCCGUCCAGAAGGUGAUGUACCAAACGCAGCUGCCGCUUUGUUUGGAGACCGCCUGCUCGACCGAGGAGGUUUUCGGGGAGGGCUCCUCUGGAAAGGAUUUCGCCGAUGCCCUGCCGACGAAGCCGUUCACACUGAGCAGCCGCACGUGUGUGGAUAUUCGGAAUAAAAUGACGACCCUCAGCGGUGUCCUGCGCCGUGAUGCGUAUGAGGGCCUUAGUGAACGCGCGGCGGUCCUGUCGUGGCCCAUUUGCCUCGCCGAGAAUGCGGAGCAGUUGGCGGCCGAGUUGACGCGAGAAUUUAAGAUUGAUGUUCGUGUGCUUGGGAAGACUUUCCAGGUCGAAUGGCCGUUUGGGGCCCUGCGAAAGGAGGCGACCAGGGGUUCAGGGGUUCGCCACCCAACCGCGUCCACGUUGUCUGCCCCAGGUCGGCGUCCCGGAUCGGUGGGGGGGCAGUGCGAUGAGGAUAAGGACGGGGACCACGACAGCCUUCGUCAGCUGCUCCGGCGAGCGUCGACCGCAAAGCUGCGGCGCCGCCAUUCCUCUCCCGCGGCGGAUGGGCAAGAAAGUGAAACCCACCAUCAGGGCUCCCCAACUAACGGUUUGGGUGGAUCCGUCGUGGUCUCCACGAGGGCGCAACUCGCGCAGCUUGCAUUUCUCGCGCACGCGGCUCUCAGCCAGUGCGUCGCGCCGCAACGUCUUCUGGUGAUUGACGAGGACCCCCAGAUGGGGCUGCACAUUGUUGGGACCGACAGCUCCGCCGCGGAGGACGUGCAGGAUAUCCUUUCCGCGGCCGAAGACGCCCCACCAGAGGAAAAGGCCUUAAUUUAUAAAAAAACUUACCCGUGGUGCGAUGGCGAGAUCGAUGACCAGGGGGUGGGGGAACGCCCGUCGGACGGUGCGGUUUUGGCGCCGACGACUCCUGGGGAUAUGCAGGGAUUGGUGAAGUUUAGCGUGCCCGUUGAUAUCGCCCAGGCGCAUCGCUACGGCGUGGUUGAGAUCCAGCGCCGCGAUGCCGCGAGCUACAGUCUGCACGGGAGCAGCCCAAACCCCAUGCUCGCGAGCGAGUGGGGCGCGUUGUGUACGAUGUUGGAGCGGCUCAUCACGCCGAUCCUCCCGACGUGGGUGCGGCGGAAGUCUCAAUUGGGUGGCGUCAUCGCGGGGACGAGUUUCAACGGCGGGAUGCUCAACCUCGCGGCUCGGGUAGCGCAGCGGAUGCCUAUCCCGCUGGACCAUCUGGAGGUUCACGCCCGACACCAUUUUUGUGGGCUGACGGAUGUUUUACUGGCGACAAACUUUCCAAAUCCUUUGCUGGUGAUGCCGAGCACGGCCCUCGCGGCGGCGUUGAUGCGAGCGCUCCAUACACCACGAAUAGCUUACAUUCCGGAGCUUUCCAUAGCAGCGGCGUUGUUGACGCAGCCGUCUCUUUGGAUAUAUGAACGCCGACGCGAUAUUCGUGAAGCCCUCGCACGCUAUGAGUAUCAUCAGUCACAAAAGUAUCGGUUCUUCCCUAGACCACAUCUUAAAAGUAAUCCAACUGCCGCACCCAAUGCGGUCUGUAAGACUCCAAAAAAAUUCUAG